AUGGCCCCUGUCCUACGAGAGGUUACCCAGACCAUCACCGAGGGCUACACCACAAUCGGGACUGUUGCUCCUCUGAGGAAUAUUGGCACAAGGCCAACGGCCAAUUACACCAACGGUACUCUUCAAGAUCGUUCAGUGACGGUUCUCGCAGAUAGCACCGCCGCCACCCCUACAGAUACCCGUAUAAUUCCUACGGGUGGCCGUGAUGAUCUUUCGGGCGCUGCUAAAGGUGCCAUUGUUGGAUCAGUAUUAGGAACUGCUUUUCUCAUCGCCAUGGUAUUCCUAUUCGUUUCAUUUCGUCGCCGCCCUUCCGGGCGGAGGUCAAGCAAAGGAUCCUCGAAACGCAAGUCGGUUUCGAGCAAGGAAUUGGACUUAGAAAGCUCGCCUCCGAGUUCACCGGUAUCUCUACCUCCACCUCCGCCUCCAGAUCCUGAGCCUGAUCCUAAGCCUGAACCUGAGCCUCCAUUGGCUCCUGAUCCACCACCUACUGAACCCGACCCCGAGCCCGAACCCAACCCGGAACCUCCAGCAGAGGCGGAUGCAGAGCCAGGACCCGCCCCAGAACCCGAAUCAGAGCCAGAAGUCCCAAAGGAGCCUAAGCCCGAAGGCGAGGCAAGCACUGCCGAAGCUGAGCCUGAAGCAAAUAAAGAGCCAGUAGCAGACCCUGAAUCCGAACCAGCCCAAGAGCCCGAGCCCACGCCCGAGCCAGAACCCGAACCAGAAGCAGCACCUGCCCCUAAUCCUGAGCCCGAGCCCGAGCCCGAACCACCAGCCGAACCUGAGCCGGCACCAGAGCCGGCGCCAGAGCCUCAAAUCAUCGAGCCUAAGAAGCCAGUGAGGACUGUUUACAAGAAGCGGAAGCGGAAGAUACCCCCAAGGGUCGACACCUGGCCCGGCGAAGGACCUACGUACGUCCAGCGACCAUCGAGGCGCAAGAAGUGA